AUGGCAACGGAGGAAGAGUGUUUUUGUUGCCAAGAACUGGCGGAACUGAAUCAAAAGUUCAGUGAAUCAGGUUUGUUUUUGUUUUAGGUUGCUUCUUUUCCCUCGAUGUAUACACUACGAAUACUGAGAAGGACAUUGCGGUCAAAAGGAUUAUUCAUUAUUUGUUUUUGUCAGUUAGGAGUUGGAUGUAUUACGGAGCACGCCAAAUUCAGGAUUGUUUGCUUUGAUACUGACGUGUUAAAUACUGCUCUAGUGGCAAUUCACAACAUACGCUGUAAUCCCUUGCCAGAUCUCAUUGAGAACAGGUGAGUUGUUGCUUUGUUUUUUUUUUUUUUGGCCCGAAGGAUCGUACCACCAAGCGUGUACUGUGUACUGUAUGAAAUAUUUUCUAUUUAUGCUUAUUUUGCUUUUUCAAUUUUCCUAGAACUUGGCGCUUAGCAGCUUAUCGCCAGUUUACAUGGUGGGCACAUGGCGCCUUAAGAAAAAAAAAUCGGCGAGUGAUUCCAGCGUGUGUUGUGAAAGCCAUUCGACACGAGUUUCCCGAUGAAACUGGACAAUAUGCCGGGUUCAAGGAAGCAGAACUCGAGCUCAGUUAG